CAUCGGAUUUAUUUACGUGUAACACACAGGAAGUUCAAUUGCAGCAUGUGGCUGGUUUGUUUAACUUUUAAUAGUUCGAUGUGAAGGAGCUAGUUAGUUAGGUAGAUCUUAUUUAACUGUCACUUGCAGAAAUGGACGAAGAAGAAACGUUACGUCUCCACAGGGAGGAUACAAAGAGCCCUGUAGCAUUUGUGCCGCAGUGGAGUGGGGCAUAUCCGACGAGGGCAGGUUCUAUUGCAAAUCUUGCCACAAUGUCAUUGAGAGGACGAGAGAAGUGGUGGAUACCAACACUUUAAUGAUUGGUUCCAGUAGGAUUUCCUCUAUAUCAAAGUCCUCUAAAACCAAAAAACUAGAACAUGGGUGGCAAUGGAUGGUUUGUGAGGGUUUUCAGUUCAUCCUCAAACACCAGGCUGAAGCCCUCCUGGACUUGGGAGUCUGUUCCUACUUUAAGGACGAUGUUCUGUGUAAGUUUUGGAGGAUGUACCUUCAGAAAACCAGACAAGCCUACACCAACAACCCUGUCAAUACUUCCAAAUUCAAAGUGCGCACCCAGGACUCAGAGUCAGACAGCGCUCCAGAAUCCUCUGUGUGGUCUGCCAGUGAGACAGAGGAGGAGGGUUGGACCAGCGGAGCAGGCUCUGCAACAGAGAACUCGAACGAUGGACUCUCAGUGACCUCAGGCUCUGCAGACGCCUCCUUCUACCUCACCCCACGCCAGCGCAAGAGUCAGAGGAUGAUGAGCAUGCCCAAGACCCUGGCGCUGUGCUACCUGGCACUGCUGUGGGCCCGGGAGGCCAUCACACUGGCAGACCUGCUCAGGCUGGUGAGCGAGGGAUGCAUCCCCUAUGUGAACGCCCACGAGGGCUUCCCAGAGGAGAUGAGGCUCUACGGCCGAGACGCGCUCAUCUUCAGAGUGGAGUCCAUCCCCUCUCACAGGGCCUUGCAUAAGGAGGCCUACACCCUGGCUGUGUUCCUGGACCUGCCCCCGUUCCCCCCCAUCACCCAGGACUGCCUGUUGCACCCCUCGCUCCUCACCAUCCGCUACCUCACUGAAGUCAACCUGCCAGAUGAGCUACAGGACUUUGUGUGCCGGGUGAUAGAACAGGCUGGGAUGGAGGACGAGGCCUUUCACAGCUUCAGACCCAUGAAGUCCACAUGUCUUCUCCCUCUCUACGACGUCCAGGCUGCGGCCCUGGUCCUCGUCACCAUGAAACUCCUCUUCAAAUUGGACGACAGAAGAGAAUGGGAUCUGGCAAACACUGCCAGUGACAUGAAUAAGGAAACUCCAGGGGAGAACUGCUUCAACGUAAGGAAAUGGUACAAGAUAGUGGAGUCUGCCCUGACCAGAGCUAGACAGAGACAAGAGGAGAACAUUGCUAGAAAACAAUGGAAGUCCCAGAAAGUUCUGUACACGUCGAAAAAAAACAAGGCUGUUGUUCUCAAGAGAAGACGUGUUGCGGAGCAGCUGCAGAUGACCUUCCAGAAGCUGUCUGGCUUGUCUACCAGCCCCCCACCCUCCUCUCCCUCCAGCUUCUGCUUCCGCUGGGGGGACGAGGAUGGGGCUGUGGACGGGCCCAGCUUGCACCAGCAGAACCUAGGCAGCCUGGUAGUGUUGCGAGAUGGAGAACUCCAGCCUUCCAACUCGACAUACUGGCACCCCUCCUUGAGGGUCUGCCAGGACAGGGGAUGUAAGAGUCACUAUGAAGAAGUGGAAGCCACUCUACCCAAAAUGUUUGUUUGGUUGGUGCAGCUGUUCUCCUUCAUCCUGAAUGUCCAACCAAGCUGUGUGUAUGAGGAAGUCCUGAAGGUAGAGAGACGUUUCCUCCCAAAAGUCCCAAACUAAAGUAGGAACAACGCCCAGAAAAACACUAGGUAAACACCAUGGAAACAAACUAGAAAAACAAGUUCUGGUGACUGAGGGAAGAGACUUAUUGACCUAAUUACUGUGUAGUUCAGAUGUAUUGAUAGACAGGUUUUGUGUGUGUGUGAUUUGCUGUUGUAUAUAUUUUGUCCUUUUGUCAAAUUGAUCUUUGAAUAAAAAAAUAUUUUGACAAUUUCCCAUACUUUUUCUAGUAAAAACUUUCAGUUUGUUGUUUGUGGUCACAUAAACUUGCUUCUGGGCAGAUGGGGGGGAUAAAGAUUUGGACAUUUGUGACAGUGAGAUGGCUAUGGUUUCACUAAUUAUUUAGUUCCUCAUUUGCAUGAAAGACUUGAGACUUUUGAAUACAAGUGACUCCAAAGGUGUGUCAUAUCAUGAGACUUCGUGGGCAGCACUUUUCCCUUCGGCUUUAGAGGUUUGAGAGGCAGGUGCAUUUAUUUCAAAGAUGAAUAUCUGCCCGCAAGUGUAUUGACUUGGAUUCAGGUGCGCUUUCCCCAUGCAUGAUGCGGCGCGGAACAGAACUGUUUUGGGAUAUCUACCUGCAAACCCCGCCCCAGACUGAAGGCCUACGUCACAGAAAUAAUCAUACCGGAUCCCAGCUAAAACGGGUGAAAAAAGGUGACUAAACUUGUUCUGUCUGACACUACUGACAUAAGUUGUGCCACUAGGAUCUUGCCAGUUUUCAUAGUGGACGGAUCGGAUUUACCGUUCCAACUCGAAAGUCCAGUCCGACGAUCAAAAUGACACAGGAGUCUGC